UUAUCCAAAAUCCGAAUGCCAGGAUCCUCCCUCUCAUUCUUUCUCUCUCUUCCUGUGUUUGUGCAGCACUCCAUUUCCUACGGUGCAUUGGGGAGAAAAAAAGGAAUUCCUUGUUUUGGUUCGCCGCGCCAGCACUCCAAAAUUUCUCAUUGAAUAAAGUUCCUCGAAUUUUGCCGCCGGUCUGAAUUCCACUUUUCCGGUGAUCGUCGGCCGCCCGAUGCUGGAGUUCACGACAAACUAUGUUGCAGGAUCAUGUCUGACAGAGUGGGUGUCGGUGGUGGCUGUAGCAUUCUGAGGACUGGUGGAGGGAAAUGAAGAGUGGCUCUUGAUCUUUUGCUCUUCUCUACUUGCCUUGGAUUGGGGGUAUGGGGAACAAACUGGUUAGGAAGAGGCAAAUUGUAGAUGAGAAGUAUACGCGGCCGCAGGGGUUGUAUCCGCUGGGCAGAGAUGUCGAUCACAAGAAGCUGAGGAAGCUUAUACUUGAGUCUAAGUUGGCUCCUUGCUACAUCGGCGAUGAAGAAGGCGGGCUUGAUCUUGAAGAAUGCCCCAUUUGCUUCCUGUAUUAUCCUAGUCUCAACCGAUCAAGAUGUUGUAUGAAAGGCAUAUGCACAGAGUGUUUUCUACAGAUGAAGCCACCACAUUCCACUCGUCCUACACAGUGUCCUUUCUGCAAAACUGCAAAUUAUGCAGUAGAAUAUCGUGGUUUCAAGACCAAGGAGGAGAAGGGCAAGGAACAAAUUGAGGAGCAAAGAGUUAUUGAAGCAAAAAUAAGGAUGAGACAACAGGAGCUUCUUGAAGAAGAAGAAAGAAUCCUUAAAAGGCAAGAGAGAAGUUUGAUCGCAGAGGAAACUGAAUGCGGGGAUGUUACAACCAGUAGGGAUGUUACAAUCAGUUCAAUUACAGUGACAACUCCGCCAUCUGUUAGAUCAUCUCGAAUGGAAGAAAUUUCACCAUCUCAAGAUUCAUUUUCUGUCCCUUUAAUCAGGCAACCUAUCCACACCACAAGACAGAACAGGGAUGAUGGAUUUGAUCUAGACCUAGAAGAUAUAAUGGUCAUGGAAGCAAUCUGGCGAUCCAUUCAGGAGGGUGAUGCUGGUCAACGGCCUGUGCCCUUUGAGGAACCUGCUUGUUCAAGACCUUCAAGUUCAGAAGUCCAAUGCACACCAUCUGGGUUUCCACAUAGAGAACCAUCUCCAUCUUCUGGACUAGCUUGUGCAAUUGCAGCUUUGGCUGAGAGGCAGCACAUGGAUACAGAACUAACUUCAGAUGACAGAUCCAAUGGGAUAGCAGGAUCGAGGAACAGCACAGUUUCAGAAGGUGAGGCAAGAACAAGCACAGGACAUCCUAUUCAAGAGAGCUGGAUUGAGGUGUCUCCAGAAAGUGGAAGGGCUUUGUCAAGAGAUGAUGCUGAGUGGAUGGUGGAUCAUGUAUCGGAGGUGGCAGAAGCUGGCACCAGCUAUGCAAGUAGCAGUGUGCAUUCUGUUUCCGAUGCUGCUAUUGACUGUUCACCAUCUAUGCCAGGCUUAGAUUUAGCUAGUGAUCCGUCUCCUUUGACACAUCAGGGUGGGGUUGUGCCCGAGAGUUUUGAGGAGCAGAUGAUGCUUGCAAUGGCCAUUUCUCUGGCUGAGGCCCGAGCUAGGCCAAGCUUGCAUGGUCCUUGGCACUUGAACAGUUGUUAGUAGCUUUAUGAACGAGAAGUUGUGCGGAUUUUUCUUGUUACAAAGAAGGAAAUAGGUGUAGAGUACCCUAAUGGGAAUGAAGAAAAACAGGUGGUCAGUGGCAACAUUGAUUCUAUUACAAAAAAAUCACUUGUUAUUUUUUUUUUCACUUUUUUCCUUAACUUUUCUGCCAGGAUAGGGUUUUCUGCAGGAAGAUGUAAAGCUAUAAGUGGUUCUUUCACAAUUUUGAUUCAAAUGACCUAUUUUACUGUUGUAUGUGCUCUUAUACUUCUCUAGUGGAAAAUGUUCUUUUCACUGCCUCUGUUCUCAGGUUCAACUGCAUGAGAGGUGGCCAAGCUUCCUCAUUUUGCCACGUUCCAUGUGUAAGUAGGGCUGGGAGAUGAGAUGAGCUGCGCUGCCCAUCACUUGCCUAGAAUUUGACUAAUCAAGAGCCUACUUGAAUUCAUGAAAUAGGGUCAGCAAGCUGAACAUGAAGAAACAGGAAUCCUACCGAGGCGAAACGACGGAGGUGGCCCCUACGGCGACUUGUGGUGAUGUAUGCUCAUCUAGAAAAUGUUCUUCUUGCCCCAUGGGUUGUUGCAAAUAUGUAAAUAUUGCAGUAAUUGUGUCGGUCGCGUUAUUGGUGCUUACGGAUAUUUUUUUUUUCUAUAUGUUCUUCUGUUUAUAGCAUAUGUUUCUAUGACUCUUAAAAACUCGUGUGGCUUCUAAGAAAUUGACGCCGUAGCUAA